CAGCCUUGGGAAUUUUGAUUUCUUUCUUGAUAUUACUAGCGAUAGUAUGCGGAAGACGGCGAUGAGAAAAUUCUUUUUAUCGUUAUACUUCCUUAUCGCUGCAUGGAGCACCAUUGCUAGUGCCUACAAGCAAGCGAACAAGCCAAUUGUCCUGUGGCAUGGCAUGGGCGAUACAUGUUGCAACCCUGAGUCCAUGGGACGCCUUAAGGAUCUGAUACAGCGAUUACUGCCCGGAACAUUUGUUCAUAGCAUUCAAGUUGGAGAGGGCUCUCAGGAGGACCAUGAAGCGGGGUUCUUUGGCCAAGUGAAUAAGCAGAUCGAUUUAGUAUGCGAACAGUUGGCCAGUAUUCCCGAGCUCGCGGAAGGAUUCAAUGGAGUCGGGUUUUCACAGGGAGGUCUGUUCCUAAGAGGCUAUGUUCAACGCUGCAAUCGACCCGCCGUUCAUCGACUUAUCACGUUUGGGUCCCCGCAUGGAGGUGUUACGGACAUCCCCAACUGCAUGAACCCUAGUGACCUGACUUGCAGGCUGAUGCGGUCGAUGGUACGAUACGGUGCUUAUUCUGGCUACGUGCAACAUCGAGUGAUACAGGCUCAGUAUUUUAAAGAUCCAAGAAAUAUACAAGGUUACCUGGAACGCAACAUCUUCUUACCAAAUAUCAACAACGAGCUGCAAGAUGCCAGAAACACGACAUACAGAGACAACCUGGCUGCCCUAGACGCAUUCGUAAUGGUUCGAUUUGCAGAUGAUGCCAUGGUGAAGCCAGGAGAAACUGCAUGGUUCUGGACAUACGCUGAGGACGGGGUGCUCGUGCCGUUGGUGAAUCAAACCCUGUACAAGGAAGACUGGCUCGGAUUGCGAAAAUUGGGGGGUCGCUUAAAGUUCCUGGUGAGUCCAGGCCAACACAUGCAAAUAUCCGACGAAUUCUUCGAAGCACAGAUUGUGUGGCCUUACCUUGCUGCGGAUAGUCAUGGUAACCAUUACGACACUGACGACAGCAGCAAUAUCAUUAUUAUUAGUAGCAACGAUAGCAGUAUAUGUAUUAGCGGCAGUGGCACUGCUGCUACUAGUAGUGAUAGUGCUGCUAGUGUUGCUGCUACGCCUCCUCGUCUUGUAUACCAGCAAGAACAAAAAUAAAAAUAACAAAAACAGCGUCAUGCCUUUUUCGGUUCUUGGCAUAAGCCCGUCGAUCUCACAGCUUAGCCGCCUUUCCCGUUUAGUUAAACUCCGUCACCUUUUAUAUAUAAAGGGGCCUGUGGAUCCCCCUUCCUCCACACUUUUUCCG